GCUGAUUCCCACACUGAUUUUCUAGUCGUUGGCUCCGUUCACAGGUUUUAUCUUUAUUCCAGCUUCUGCACUUCUGCCGCCCACAGAGACCAGGAGAACAUGUGGUUCCGAACCAAAGCACGGCUGCCAUAGAAUCGCCUUCUGACAAAACGGUACAACGCGAAAACCUUUCCGACCUGAGUCCACACCCGGUGCGCAAGAAUUUUUCAGAGGCGCUUCCGCAGCAGUGCAUUCUGGGUUAUGUAGUCCUGGGCCGAUCACAUCGUCUUUACAAGCUUGUAGUCCUCAGUCAGGUAACAAGAAAGGCCUGGUCAGAAAAGUCAUAAAGGAAGGGAAGAGUGACCUACGAAAUCACUCGGCUUCAAAGCCGUCGGGAAUGCCCGUCAGGUUCGCAGCAGAAGCGGAAGUAUGUUUAAGGCGGGUCCGAGAAAGACGUGAUGACGUUGCAGAGAUGCGAGCGUGAGGAUUUGGCGGGAUUUCUGAAAGUCGCGCGACCGGCGCAGAUCCGCGCCUGGGCAAAGCCGAGGCUUCCCCAGAAGUGUGGCUAGGUGGACUGGAAAUUUUCGUAGAAGACCUGACAGAGGAGCUGCGAAGUGCGUUCGAGCCGGGUGACGGGGGUGAGCGUGGUGUGUACAGAGCCGGCUGCCGGAAGGAGCGAGCGGCCCACGGCUGAGGGACUGUAAUGGCUAUGCAAAUGCAGCUUGAAACAAAUGCAGAUACUUCAGUGGAAGAAGAAAGCUUUGGUCCACAACCUAUUUCACGGUUAGAGCAAUGUGGCAUAAAUGCCAAUGAUGUGAAGAAAUUAGAAGAAGCCGGUUACCAUACGGUGGAGGCUGUUGCUUAUGCACCAAAGAAGGAACUAAUAAAUAUUAAGGGAAUUAGUGAAGCCAAAGCUGACAAAAUUCUGGCUGAGGCAGCAAAAUUAGUUCCAAUGGGUUUCACCACAGCAACUGAAUUUCACCAACGCCGGUCAGAAAUCAUACAGAUUACUACUGGCUCUAAAGAGCUUGACAAACUGCUUCAAGGUGGAAUUGAGACUGGAUCUAUCACAGAGAUGUUUGGAGAAUUCCGAACUGGGAAGACACAGAUCUGUCAUACGUUGGCUGUUACCUGCCAGCUCCCCAUUGAUCGUGGUGGAGGUGAAGGGAAAGCCAUGUACAUUGACACCGAAGGCACCUUUAGGCCGGAGCGGCUGCUAGCAGUAGCUGAGAGAUACGGUCUCUCUGGCAGUGAUGUCCUAGACAACGUAGCAUACGCUCGAGGGUUCAACACAGACCACCAGACCCAGCUCCUUUACCAAGCGUCAGCCAUGAUGGUAGAAUCCAGGUAUGCACUGCUUAUUGUAGACAGUGCUACUGCCCUUUACAGAACAGACUACUCGGGUCGGGGAGAGCUUUCAGCCAGGCAGAUGCACUUGGCCAGAUUUCUGAGGAUGCUGCUUCGACUUGCAGAUGAGUUUGGUGUAGCAGUGGUAAUCACCAACCAGGUGGUAGCCCAAGUGGAUGGAGCAGCCAUGUUCGCUGCAGAUCCCAAAAAGCCCAUUGGAGGAAACAUCAUUGCUCAUGCAUCAACUACCAGGCUGUACCUGAGGAAAGGAAGAGGGGAGACCAGAAUCUGCAAAAUCUAUGACUCUCCCUGCCUUCCUGAAGCUGAAGCUAUGUUUGCCAUUAAUGCAGAUGGAGUGGGAGAUGCCAAAGACUGAGUCAUUGGGGUUUCUUUCCUGUGAUAAGCUUCUCAAUGCUAUAUGGCUAAUGAAGAGGACUGUUUACUGGGCUUCUUCACAGGCUCAUGUUGUGACUGCCAGAGCAUGGCUUCCGGGAAAACAACUAUUGUAUCAGCUUUCUGGUAGCAGAAACACGUCUGAUCUGAAAUGUGUAUUUCUUCUAUAGUCUAUUAAUAACUGAUUUCUUUGGUGUUUGGAGGAGAGGUAUGAAAUAACUGGUGUGGGACAGUCUUAUGUAAACCUGGAAAGAUCUGAGGACUCUUUCACUUUUCAAGAAUGGUAAAAUAAAUGCCUGAAUAUCUCAAGCGGGAAUGGGUGUUUUUACAUGUUCUUUUUCUCUGUAAGAUGCAAACUUAAAAAUUAUAUGCCUGAACUGUCACAUAAUUUUAAAAUUAUUUUUUGGUUAAGGAGUCUUACAAGCAGCCCUAGACUAAUAACAGCUCUUGAGUGCACGCUUGUUCUUUAAUUAGAAGACUUCACUUAAGUGAAUUUGUUCUGCUGCUGCUGCUAAUAAAGUAGUUGUGUGCAGUGAAUGUGUUAUUUGCUGGAGAUACUUUAGUGCAAACUGAAUGAAUACUGCCAAACAGGGUUUCCAUAAUGGCUUUCGGUACUGUGUAGUUAUGGUCAGUGCAGUUGUACGGUGUGAACCCUAAAGAAAGCCCUACAUUCAGGUUACUGCAUUGUAUCCUUUAGCCUGAGAAUAAGAAUUCCAGGCUGAUUUACUGUAUCUUUCCUGUGGUCUUUGUUUUUACUGUAUAAGUUUUGUGUUGCAGAGGUCUGACUUUACCCAAAUAACUCUACAUUAGGAGUAUUUCCAAAAACUGGUCUUCUGUUGAGUCAUUGAGUCUCAUUAAUAAAAGAAUUUCAAAACAGA